UUGCAUAACAUUAGUAUUUUGUCAAGAAAAGGAGGAAACAAUUCUGAGUCCGCUCUUAACAUGACCUUCCAGCUGCCUGAAGAGGAAUUUGAUCCACUGGGAGGUCACACUGUGUGGCAGGUCAUCAUCAUCGUCUUCCUCACCGGAUCCCUUUCUUUCGUCACUGUUGUUGGCAACAUCCUGGUUUUAGUGUCCUUCAAGGUAAAUAAGAGUCUGAAGACGGUUAACAACUACUACCUGCUCAGUCUGGCCUUCGCUGACCUGACUAUCGGCACUUUGUCAAUGAAUCUCUAUACUACCUACAUCAUCAUGGGCCAGUGGGCUCUUGGGCCGGUGGUUUGUGACUUGUGGCUUGCGAUAGACUAUGUGGCCAGUAACGCCUCCGUCAUGAACCUGCUCGUCAUCAGCUUUGACAGGUAUUUUUCUGUGACCAGACCUUUGACCUAUCGGGCCAAACGAACAACCAAGCGAGCCAUGACCAUGAUUGGACUAGCCUGGUCCAUCUCUUUCAUUCUCUGGGCCCCAGCCAUACUGUUCUGGCAGUACAUUGUGGGUGAGCGCACGGUCCAGCCAAAUGAGUGCUAUAUCCAGUUCUUGUCCGAGCCCAUAAUUACCUUCUGCACUGCUAUUGCUGCGUUCUACUUACCAGUGAGUAUCAUGGCCAUUUUGUUUUGGAAGAUCUACCAGGAGACAGAGAAGAGAGCUAAAGAUAUACAAGGUCUCAAGGGAUCUGGGUCAGGCACCAACCCGAGCCAGGCUCAGAACCUGGACAAUGGCGGUGGAAAAGAUGCAGUUGGCAGCCAGAGGAUGUCAUCAAUCAUGCUGCGCCAGAUCAGCUCCCAAAGCGCCAGCAGUAGUGAAAUCUGUUUGUCUUCUCCAGAGAGAAACAGGAACAAUAAUUCCACCUCACCAGGAGUGGAAAACCAAAAGUGCUGUAGAACGCUAUGUUUUCAAUUCUCAGCCUUCUGGACUCGUUUUCCUGCAUCAAACAGAUCUUGCAACACAACAACAAGUACAGUAGAGGAGGCCGAGCGCAGCAGCGUUAACGGGGACAUGGCUGCUGCUUCAGAGAUGAACAAGAACAGCCAACAUUAUGAAAGCGUCAAAGUUCAGAAAGGUUCAGAUGGACUUACUCCCUCAUCUUCUCUUGACCAGUCAGUUGCUAAGGCAACCAGAGAUGCUGUGCUUGCCAAACGCUUUGCCACUAAAGCAAAAAUAGAGAUCAAUAAGCGCAAAAAUGAAAAAAAGGCAAAUGAAAAGAAAGCAAAUGAAAAGAAAGCAGCAAGAACUCUGAGCGCUAUUCUGUUUGCAUUCAUAACCACGUGGCUGCCGUACAACAUCAUGGUGUUGGUCAACACUUUCUGUCAGGACUGUAUUCCAGAAUCUCUGUGGGCUCUGGGGUACUGGCUGUGUUAUGUUAACAGCACAGUGAACCCCAUGUGCUACGCUCUGUGUAACAAGACCUUCCGGACAACCUUUAGGGAUAUAUUAAUAUGCCAGUGGAAUCAAAACAGGAAAAAGCCCAAUUUUAAUCAAAGGCAGGCUGUUGGCUCCCGAAAGGAGCCUAGAUAGAUUGUAAUACCAGAUUGAUCCAUUGGGUGGAGAUAUUUUCUUUAGGUUUAGGUGUCAUUAAUUAUCCCUCUGUGGAAAGAACACUCACCUGUUUCUUUAUUUACUACCUAAACUUGUUUAGUUUAUGGGUUUUACCACACCUUGUUGGGAAGGAUAUGCUCGAUGUAUUGACUGUAGCCCUGCAUCAGAAUCACAAUUCCUUUAUUAUCACUGUACAAGACAGCACAACAUUUUAAAAAUAGCAACUCUCAAAAGCAGUGCAAAUAAAUAAUAUACAUGUGUGUUCAAAUAUCAGUGGGAAAUAAUACCUUUUAAAUAUAGAUUUAGUAAAUUAUAUUUGAACUUGACAGGAUAGACCUUGCUUACACUUGUAUUCAUAUUUUUUGUUUUCAUUUUUAUAAACAUAUUAAGAUUUAGUCAAAAUAAUUUCUAUAUUUGGCAACAUUGUGGAGGUUUUAAGAUGGACAGUGAUUUUGCACUCAAUAAUCACAUAAAAGCCACAGUCAAGUCUAGUUUUUAUUAUUUACAGAAAAUAGCAAAGACAAAAUCUCUUCUUUCAAAUAAACAGUAAUCCAUACCUUCAUUUCAUCAUGACUGGAUUACUGUAAGCCCUCCACCACAAAGUCAGCCAGUCCUCACUUACAGUACAUGUCUGCAGCUGAGGCAAAAUGCUGCUGCCUGUCUUUUAACAGGAGCAUGUAAGAGAGAACACAUUACCCUGGUCCAGGCUUCUCUCCACUGGCUGCCCGUGUAUUUUAGAGUUCAUUUUAAAAUCAUUUUGUUUGUUUUUAAGAUUUUAAACAGUAACAACCUUUCCUAAUUUACCUUAAUAAACAAAUAAGAUGAUUUGGGACAGAAUGACCUACAGGAGAUGACAUCACACAUUGGAGGACAGAUGAAGAGAGAAAAAUGAGAUUUGACAGAAGAGUGAGGAUCCUGUCUGUGCCUCCUCACCAGGUGAAUCAGGGCAGAAUGACUGAAGACUGCAUCUGGAGAGCUGGCUGCACCGCAGAGAGCUUUAAAAACUAGAGCCAGAGCUGCCUCAUCAUCUGUUAUCAGAUCCAGCACAGCUCUGUCACACACACACCACAUAUACACACCAAGAACCUGAAGUCCAUGAAUGCUGAGGAAAACAUCCGUAAGAUAUCAUGAAUAUCAGUAGUCACACUUGUACUGAAAUGUAGUAAUUUCUUUAUUUAAAAAUCAAUCAGAAUAUUUUUUUUAAACUUCUAAAUUCUUUUUUUAACUCAUUAUACAGUUGUUUCUCAGUUACUUAUAAUGGGACCAUUUGCUAUUGACUUUUGCUAUUUGCUAGUUAUUGCUAUGCAGAAAGCAAUGCAAUAAUUUAAUUUUUAGUCAAACUAUAAUUUUAACAGUGAAAACAUUUUUCUUACAUUUACAGGAAAUGACAUCAGAUUUGUUUCAUGUUGCAUCAUAAGGCAAUGUUCAUAAGCUGCCAACCAGCAGCUCAGACGGUUUGGUUUUUGGUUUCGUGUUUCACCAUAGACAAGUUGCUUGUAGACCCUGUAAUGUGUGUGAUCAGAUCAGAGCUUUGCUGUGAUUAAAGAUUUCUUAGGGGUUAACAAAGGUUCAUGAUCUUGCUUUAUUUGUACUCAUGCUUAUUUGUUGUUAUCUACAUUAACUGUGUAAAUUCUGACAUUCUAGAGGGUAUAAACAAACAGCUGCUUAAAAGUGUAAGCUGUAGCAGCGAUGACUUACUGAUCUUUGUGGACAAAGGUCUGUGGAGGAACAGAAGUAACUGAUCUAAUAUCAAAUAUUACACACAGCAAUAAAUUACAGCUUGUUUUAUUCCAUCUUACUUUUGUCUUUUAUAGAUUACAGUGUUCCUGUUUACAGUGAUCCAAGUAGUUCUCCUAUUUACUUACAAUGAGUCAAUAUUUCUUGUAAUGUGCUAUAAAACAGUGUUCAGUAAGUCUUUAGGUUUUCAGAAAGUUAAUUUGUUUUUCUUCAGAUUACCAGUUAAAACUUAGCUAUUGUCAUUUUUGGUAUAACCUUGCUGGUGCUAAAAUACAAGUUUUCUUCAUCCAACAGAGUAACUUCUGACAGAAAUGGGAAAUGUAUUUCUGGAAGUCUACUGGUAAAACACUAGAUACUGAUAAAAACAGUUUUUCUAAAACGUUCCAAAAGACAUGCAGGUGAUGCUUUAGGAGCCUUUCCUCUUGACCAUUUCUGUCAGAGUUGCAAAGUUUAAAACAAUCAAAAAUAUAAAUUGUUCCUCUAAAACUUGGUAAGGUCUUCGCUUCAAAACAAGUGAGAAAGUAGCCAAUGAAAAUAUUUUAAAGGAUCUUAAGAAAACCCAAAAAAAUACCAAAUGUGACCAAUCUCCAACAUGAAUGGAAAGUCUUGUUCUCAAAGGAAAAAUCUGCCAAAAAAAACAAGGGCAAAGAUCUGAUCAACUCAUUCAUUAUGUGUGAAUGUCUUUCAUUCUGUGUAAUCAAACACAGAAAUGGUCAAACAAAAUUAUUGACAACGAAGGACAGGAUUCAUAAGACAGAAAGUUUGUUGAAACAUUCACACGCACGUUUACAGCAGACCAAACGAUGUUUCUUCCAUCACCUUCUUUAAAUCACAUGACUUAAAGAACAGAUAUAUUCAUAGUACGUCUUAUGUAUAAAACAUGAAUAAGCACAAAAUACACAUAACAUUAGCACAAUAGCCUGUGAUAACUUCCAUGUCUGAUAGAAAAAAACACUAGUUCGCCAGGAUAAAGUGCUAGCAGCCAAGUGGCAUGCUGCUCAUUUCUACAAGAAGAAUUUCAAGGGAAAAUCAAACAGGAUUAACUGCAAAUAAAUAAAGCAUAACCACUUUAGGGCUAAAUGAAAAUAUUUUAGGCAGAAAACAAACCUGAAGAAAAUAAAUCAAGUUAAUCAACUUCAAGAAUGAGUGAAUAAAAUAUGAUUGGACACAAGGUUAGAAAGAAGAAAACCUGACAUUGAUCCUAGGUUCAUUUAGAUCAGAGGUCUGCAACCUUCACAGCCAAACAAGUCAGCCAAAUAAAACUCAUCUAGAGCCAUUAGAAAAAAGAUAACUUAUAGUUUUAGAUAAAUAUCUACUCCAGAAAAGUUGGUGUUAUUAAAUUAACACAGUAAACAAUUUUCAAGUCUUAUUGAGAUUAGAUAAAAAUACUUCAUAUUUCAAAACAUGUAGACUGGAUCAAUGUCUUAUGGAAUAAAACAGUGUAAACAAAAAUCAUAUGAGAUAUAUCUGCCUUCAAGUAUCCACCAACCACAGUGAAUGUGAUCUUUACAGGCAUUCAUUUGAACACGUGCUUCUUUAAAACCUUCCAACGUAGUGUCAACAGAAAUCAACUGACCCAACAGAAAUGCCCAUAAACAGGAUCCACCUGGAUUAUUCACAAGAGACAGUCAGGAUCCUGAUCCUGUAAUUAUAUCCAGGCACAAAUAUCAAGUCUCCCACUUCCAAUAGGGUGAAGAGGUCGUGCUCAGCUAAUGGCUUGACCUAUGAUUGAGUUGAAGGUUCAGUUGAUGAUUAGGCAGGAGUGAUUUUAACAUGGAUGAAGAGAGAGGCAGGAGAGAGGCUGGAGCCGUCCAGCUUCAGCAGGCGCACAUGGCGAUAACCUGCAGACAAGAGACACAGUCAAGAUACAGCUAAGCUCACAAACCUACGAACCCUUAGCACGUCUUUGCUUCAAGCCUCCAUUUUAAACUACAUUGUAUUGCCAAAAUUAUUUGCUCACCCAUCAAAAUUAUUAGGAUCAGGUGUUCCAAUCACUUUCAUGGCCACAGGUGUAUAAACUGAAGCACCUCGGCAUGCAGACUGUUUUUACAAACAUGUGAAAGAAUGGCUUGCUCUCAGGAGCUCAGUGAAUUCCAGUGUGGAACUGACAGGAUGCUCCACCAUGGGUUUCCAUGGUGGAGCAUCUGCAUCUAAGCCAUACAUCACCAUGUGCAACACAAAGUGUUGUAUGCAGUGGUAAAGUUUGGAGGUGGCCCCUUUCUCUUCCAACAUGACUGUGAACCAGAGCACAAAGUAAGGUCCAUGAAGACAUGGAUGGAGAGUCUGGUGUGGAUGAACCUGACUGGACUGCACAGAGUCCUGACCUCAACCCUACAGAACACCUGUGGGAUGAAUUAGAGCAGAGAGUGAAAAGUCAGACCUUCUCAUCCAACAUCAGUAUCUGACCUCACAAAUGUGCUUCUGGAAGAAUGGUCAAAGAUCCCCCUAAACACACUCAGCUUGACAACAGCCUUGACAGAAGAGUUGAAACUGUUCUAGCUACAAAGUUGGACCAACGUCAUAUUGAACUCUAUGGAUUAGGAACGGGAUGUGACUUAAGCUCAUAUGUGAGUCAAGGCAGAUGAGCAAAUAGGUUUGGUGAUAUAGUGUAUUGAGACUCGUUCAUAGGCAUCAAUUGCUGCUUUAAACCCCUACGAAAAACCUCUGAUAGUGUCUGCCCCUCAUGCAGCUGGACUCUCUCUCACACACACGUCUGUUUAUUUAUAGCUCUUGUGAGAAUAGUGAAAUCCAUGAUCAGCAGGCAGGUCUUUAAAGGUAAGAAUGACAGUUAAUGUAACCAUUGUUACAGUUGUAUACUUCAUCAGAUUGUUUGGAGAAUUUCUUACGACUAAUGGAAAAUUAGGCAGAUUUUUUAAAAGAAACAGCAGUCAUUUUUUUGUCUAGCACUUCUACUGCUGUUCCAACAAUUGGACAAUAGUGAUCAGUUUUAAAGGGUAGUUUCAUAGACUUCUUUAUAUAGGAUGUUGUAAGUAUAAUACAUGGAGUAGGCGUUCUUUUAGCUCCGUCCUGUGGCACAAUUGAGAACUACAAUACCUAAUAUCAUUUGUGUUGUACAGGUGAUAUUUUAUUUCCAGUUGAACUUGUUUCUAUGAAUCAUCCAGUUAUUGAUACCUGACACCUAAUGUGCUAUUGUUAGACAUCAUACUAAAUUAUGUCUAUUGUUGGCUUACAUGCUAGUGCA